AUCAGGAACAAAGUAUACCAAAGAUAGUUAUAACGAUUGAAUAAACUAGAGCAGUUUGGUUAAGUUGGUAUAAUAUAGAUAAAUUAAAAUUGCUAUGUUUUACAUUGAUUCGCAAAGAACCUUGACCCGACGAGAUAGCUCAGUUACAGUACCAAAAGCCUCAACUAGAGAUGAUUUCGAAGGUUUAUCUACGACGCGCGGACAUUCCAACGCUAGACUUAUAAGCGACUCUGCAAUUACCCUCGGGUAUCGACCGAGAGGGUCUGUUCGCAAAGAAAUUAUAACAAUUCUCUUUGAGUCUAUGCUGGAAAAUAUUGUAGAAUCUUGGGAAGUUAUAAAACAGCAUAAGAACGAGGACCUUAAUAUUGAUAUUAAUAAAACGCCGAGCGAUAUAACAACAACUAGUAAGAAAAGGAAGGGUUUGGUGAAACCAUCUAAAUCAAAAAAGAGCCGAUCCAAAAUCGAAUUAAACGAUAGUAACACACAGAGCGAUGUAGCACAAAUAUGUUGGUGGGCAGGGCCUGAUGAAAAAGCGAUAAUUCGAUUUCGGAACGGGAAUUUGUAUGAAGGCAACAUUUCGAUGAAAUGUAUGCAUGGCGAAGGACGUUUUCAGUGGGCAGACGGAACUAUUUUCUUAGGUCAGUUUAUGGAAAACGAAAUAUUAGGAAAAGGUAUUAUUCAAUGGAAAGAUGACACUUGGUUUGAAGGCGACUUCGCUGGAAAUCUUCGUCACGGUAGAGGACUCUAUGUAAACUCGCGCGAACAGUCUUCGUACGCCGGCACCUGGCAUUGCGGUACAAAACAUGGACAGGGUGUCAUUAAUUACCCAAGAUCGCCUAAAAACUCUUAUGAUGGACAGUGGGCUUAUAACGUUCGUCACGGAUUUGGGUCUCGUGAAUAUUGCCAAAUGAGCGGUUAUAAAGGAGAGUGGCAUAAUAACGUAAGAGAAGGAAAGGGUUUGAUGAUAUGGCCAAAUCAUGAUUUUUACAGAGGUGAAUGGAAAAAUGGUGUGAUGUCUGGAUACGGAUUUUACAUUUGGGGUGCCUAUUAUAAUAAUUCCAUGUCGUUGCCGUCUCUGUGCGCAUACCGUGGCUAUUGGGAAAAGGGUAAACGUAACGGAUUUGGUAUACUGAAUUUGGGCUUAGGAUUAGGUUCAUACUACAAAGGAGAAUUUAAACAUAAUAAAAAGCAUGGUGUUGGUAAAUUCGUCACUAACAAUGGACUUAUAUUACAACAUAAACAUUUAUUUGUUGACGACAACGUCGGUCUGUUGACGCGAGAAGAGCAAGAAAGUGAAUGUGCCGUUGAUAAAUAUACUCAACUUGUAGUAGAACCAUUCGCAUUUGACAUUUGCGAUAGAACAGUCGGCCUGACUUACCAUAUAGAACAAGCAAUCAAAAAUAUUGAUAGAAAACAAGAAAUCCUAACUGGAAUCGUCAAAGAAUUUAUGGGAGCUAACAAUUUACCCACGCCACUUGGUUAUAAAGAUGAAAAACAUCAUGAAAUGACUUCAACAAAUUUUGCAAACUUAAUAGAUUUCGAAGUUAGUGCGCUAAGUAAAGCACUAAGGUGUUACGAAGCCAAUUUGAAAAAUAUAUACUAUCGAUACGCAACUAUAUGUAACAAAGAAGAGAUACAUUUUACGCCGAUUCUAAUUCGUUUAUAUUUAUGGCAAUUAUAUUAUGAUUGCAAUAUACAUGAUAAAGGCUUGACGCUAGUUGAAAUUGAUAGAGAAUUUCACGAGAACCCGCAAUGGCUUUCGAGUUCACCUCACAAUCCAUUUGAGAAAAUAUAUUUCUGGCAAUUUCAACACAGCUUAAUUACAAUAGCUAGUAAGUUAUAUGCUAAAAGAAAAUUGCCUGGAAACAAACCGGAUACAAUGCUCGCUAGUGCAUUUAGAUGUUUUAUGGAAAAUGAUAUAUUACCGGGGGCUGGUCGUAAAAAAGGUAAGCUUGCAGAAGGCUAUGGUGCAUUCGUGCCACUUAAAAGUGUUUAUGGGUUAUACCACGGUUUGGGAGAACCCUGUACUUUAAGGGCAUUUUUGUGUGCUGUUCGAUAUCCACCGCAUGAAAUACAACAACCCAGACAUGCGCUUGUGAAUCGUGAUUGUAAUAAGCUGGGACGAAAUGCUUACAUUUUUGGCGAUGAAAUGACUUUUUUAAAUGAUGAACCUAUUCACGUGGGCAACGAUGGGGAAGACUUGAGUUGUUCUGUUCCUAUUGUACUGUUCAACAUUGGCAACGUAUCUAGUAAAUCCAUUAUAAAUAUAUUUCAAAGAAUUUUUCCCCAAAUAUGCAAUGGUGACAAGAUAGUGGAUUUGGAUGUGGAGAUUACAUUUUUUGAAUUUUUUGAAAUAUUAAUUAAUGUCGCUGAGGAAAGCAUCCAUGUCGCGGAUGAAGAGCUUCGAUUGAAAGAAAAGUUUUUAGAAACGUUAAACGACAUACCAGAUAUGUAUAAAUCUAAAUAA